GGCUGGUGAUAGUCGACAUGGAAACAACUGCGAAGACAGAGCGCUGAUAACGCUUCGAAGUUUCGGCAGAGCAGUCGGCAGGACGUUUGUCAGUCUACGUAUGCGCGGUUCGUCAUGGCUUCUCGAGGCCAGCGGUAUACGCUGUGCGGUUUUUCUCAGGAACUAGACUGGCGACCUUUGCACUUCGUCGAGCGUAUUCCUGAAAACAAAAUAUGCAACGCGUGUGGUGUGCUGCCCAGUAUUACUGCCUUUCUGCCAUGCAAACACGUGCUCUGCCGCAGCUGCUACGAGCACUGCCGGCUCGACAAUUCACACGCCUGUCCGCUCGACGGUGACCAGUUUCUUGCCGAAGACGCUGAGUGGAUAAACUUUCCCUUGGACAACCUGCUCAGGCGCAAGGUAAAAUGCUGGAAUGCCGAACAAGGCUGCGGCAUGGUUUUGGUGGCAUCAGAACAAAUCAAACAUUUUUGCGAAGACUGUGACUACCACUUUUCGUCGUGUCCCAAUUGUUCAAAGGUUGUGCUCCGUAGAGAUGUGUGCGCGCAUCUCCAGAGCAAAUGCAGAGAUUAUGCGCUGUCUGCGGCGUCCCGGUCCCCACAUAGGACCGAUAGUGAGAGCAAGGCAAUGAUCAUGGCUCUGAAUGCAAGCAUGGACAUGCAAGAAGGUGAAAUGAAAGACAGGCUAGACCAGGUUAUUAGUGAUAAUAGCGGCCAAAGUGACCGCCUCAACGAAAUUUCACAUUUCAUGAACUCGAUCAAAGAAAUUCUGCUACAGAUAUCGAGUAAAGCACUUGAGAACGUUGCAUCGCAAGCACCAGCUACCAUAUCCCGCCGUGAAGCAAUCCAGCAAACUUUGAUUGAACACAGUAAAAAGCUGCAGGAGCUUGCACAAACUACAAGCAAUUCAAACAAAGCACAGAUGAAAGCUUUAGAAGACACGAAGCACGCUGUAGAACAACUGAAAGGAAAUACAGCUAACAUGUUGCAAGCAGAAUUACGGCAACGUUCGGUGGCUGACUGCGCUGCACUCAGGAAAGUUUCCGACAGGCUGGAGACCUUCGAAAAACUGUUGGAGGACUCCACUAAGGCAAUCUGUAGAAAUAUAUCAGAAAGUGCUGCUAGGAUUGGUGAAGGAAAUGAUGGUGCGGAGCAAAGUUGGUCGAGUGCAACAAAACUAAAAGAACUGGCCCUAAAUACUAUCAAUAUUAGGCGAUACGAGUUUUUUGUAAAGGGAUUGAAAGCAAUGAAAUACAGCACCCAUUCAACAGGCUAUCAUAUUUACAAGUGUGAAAAUAUGUACAUGUCUGGUUAUCACUUGUCUCCUGGAGUUCACCUAAAAAAAGUGGGGGAGCAUGUGUUACUGUGUGCUAGAAUGCAGUUACACAAGGGAGUGAUCGACGAGUUUCUUCCAUGGCCUUUCAAUGAGAAAAUUCAGUUGACCGUCAAACAUCCAUCGAGACAGAAGCACUACCAGUUGAUAGAGGAAACUGGAGAUUUACUCGGGAGUUACGGAAGACCCCAACAAUCAAGUAACAGUGGUGUGUGUUUCAUGGCCAGUUCAGUCCGCUUGGAUGAUCUGAAACGUGAAGGAUACGUCGCGGACGACAACCUUCAGAUAGUGUGGGAGCUUGUUCCGAAAGACUUACCCAAACAAUAUUGAUGGGCGCAGCACGUAUUUUUUGAAACAGUUAAGCUGUUAAAACUGUUAAGGAGACAUAUCGCUCUUCCGCGUACUUUUGUUGAAAAGAAAAUAAAGCUUGCUAUUCAGCUCUAAGAUACUCUUUUUAUAUGUAUGAAUAAAAUCAACUCGUUGCCGGUAAUUGAUAACUAUAAAGUAGGCCCGAAUCUUCGCAUGUUCCUUUCGAAGUCCGUUGUAGAUGAUCCAGCAGUUGCAAAGAAUACUGCAAUAUAACCUCACUCUGGCCGUGAAUGAGUAUUGGUUACUCACACAAUAGCAAAAUCGCAACAAGUUUCAGGAAUCGGCUUUCGUUGCUGCAGAACCGUUACAUGUUUGUCGAAAGAUAUUUUUUACAGCAAUAUGUUAUGCGCAGACCCUUUUCUCAUUGUAAUGUCUCUGCCAGGGAGUGAAUAGGCAAGGGCUCCAACGGGAAAAACGGUGUUUAUUGCCCGAAGGUUACGGGCUCAUGAUUAGAUCAGGAAUAGGCGGUUAGCGCACAUAGCACGACAUUAAACGAACUUCUGCGCACAUGCGUACUAACAGCUGCUUAUCAGGUGCGCUAUCACCGAAACAACUCAUACCUUUUGGUGAAUUGUAUUCAGACAUGCAGUUUUUCCGUGCACAAAAAGUAACAAUCUCGAAAGUAUACGUUCAUCGCCAUCAUACUUGUAUUGUGAGGCGAAAAGUAUUGGCAAAAGUGCUGUUUUAUAUAACCAUUGAGAUCAAUUCCCAAUGAAUGUCAAAAAUAAGGCUGUCGAGUGUCGUUUAUUUUCCUUCUAUAUAUUGAAAGGGGCUGCACAGCGUCCCUUUUGUUUAGAAUAAAGGAGUGCAA